UCUCUGCAGAAGAUCACGUUCGGAGCAGAUUUCAACCAACCGAUCGAACGUACGUGUGGAUUUGCCGGCAUCGCUGCAGCAGCUCAUAUUCCCCACGUCGUAUUCGCGUUUCAACCAAUCGAUUGCUGGAGCGAUUCUGCCGCCUUCGGUGCAGCUGCUUGCUCUGGGGAUGGCCUUCAGCCAGUCGAUCGAGGAUAUUGUGUGGCCCGCAUCCUUGCAGCAGCUGACGUUUGGGAACUCAUUCAACCAGCCCAUUGAGGGCACUGUGUGGCCAGAUUCGCUGCAGACUCUCGUUUUCGGAUGUAUGUUCAACCAGCCAGUGGACAACGUGAAGUGGCCGUCGUCGUUGCAAGAGCUUUCGUUUGGAUGGUGCGAACAAGGGGACAUUAGGACGAUGGUGUUUGCGAACUUCAAUCAACGCAUAGGCAGCUGUGCCUGGCCUGCAUCGCUUCGGCGACUCACACUAGGCCACAAGUUGAGGCAGUCGUUGCAAGGCGUGGGCGCUUGGAUGCCCAACCUUUAAGCACUUCGCCUUCUCGAUUUCCAUUAUGCAGGUGACGUAAGCCUUCUCCGCGGAAUCGAAUGGCCGAAGGAACUUCGUCAGCUGACCGUGUUGGAAGGCUCGAGCGUAGAUGGAGUGGAAAUCUCUUCUGGUGUGCGGGUCUUGUUCGCGUAGAACGAGUGCUACAUGUAGUGUCUAUCGUAGUGACUUGGACGUUUGAUUAUUCUGAGGGGAGCAGCAUUUUCUGCAGUCACAUGACUUACUAAGGAAUGCUUUAGUGCGAAACGUAACGAUCGAGAGAUAUCAGGGAGAUGUCGGAAAUAUGGCCUUGGGCUCUUGCCGGCUGGAGUGCUUGGAUUUCGCCACCAACUGACGCGAUUCCAGAGCAUCCCACUCAAGUCGAUUGACUACCCCAAGCUGCCACCUGGAACUGCCUUCAGUUCGAUGUACAACAGUC